CCCCCCACGGUCGAAAGAAGACAAUGGAGAAGGCAGUCAAAAUUCUGGUGGGCCAUGUCCAAUGGGAAUAAGAAAGAAAUCAUUGAAAUUCAUGGAGUGUGGAAAGAGAGAGGAUAAACAAUUUAAAAUUAUGGAGUGUGGAAAGAGCUUCACUGACAGUGGAACACUUAGAAAACAUCAACGGACUCACACUGGGGAGAAACCAUUUAAAUGCAUGGAGUGUGGAAAAAGCUUUGGUUGGAGUUCAAGCCUUCGUAUACAUAAACACACACACACAGGGGAGAAACCAUAUGAAUGUAUGGCGUGUGGAAAGAGUUUCAGUCAGAUUGGACACCUUAGAAACCAUCAACGAACCCACACAGGGGAAAAACCAUAUCAAUGUAGGGAGUGUGGAAAGAGCUUCACUGAUAGUGGAACAUUUAGAAAACAUCAACAAACUCACACAGGGGAGAAACCAUUUAUAUGCAUGGAAUGUGGGAAGAGCUUCACUCAGAGUGGACACCUUAGAAUUCAUCAACGGACUCACACGGGGGAGAAACCAUUUAAAUGCGUGGAAUGUGGGAAGAGCUUUAUUGACAGUGGAACACUUCGAAAACAUCAACGGACUCACACGGGGGAGAAACCAUUUAACUGUAUGGAAUGUGGAAAGAGCUUCACUGUCAGUGGAACACUUAGAAAACAUCAACAGACUCACACUGGGGAGAAACCAUUUAAAUGCAUGGAAUGUGGAAAGAGCUUUACUGAUAGUAGAACACUUAGAAUUCAUCAACGGACUCACACAGGGGAAAAACCAUUUGAAUGUAUGGAGUGUGGAAAGAGCUUCACUUACAGUGGAUCACUAAGAAAACACCAACGGACUCACACGGGGGAGAAGCCAUUUAAAUGCAUGGAGUGCGGAAAGAGCUUCAUCGACAGUGGAACACUUAGAAUUCAUCAACGGACUCACACAGGGGAAAAACCAUUUAAAUGCAUGGAAUGUGGGAAGAGCUUCACUCGGAGUGGAUACCUGAAUUCACAUAAUCAAACUCACAUAGGGGAAAAACCAUUUAAAUGCAAGGACUGUGGAAAGAACUUCACUGAUAGUGGAACAUUUAGAAGACAUAAAGCAACUCACACAGGUGAUAAACCAUUUACAUGCAUGGAAUGUGGGAAGCGCUUCAGACAGAGUGGAAGCCUUAGAAUCCAUGAACGGGUUCACACAGGGGAGAAACCAUUUAACUGUAUGGAGUGUGGAAAGAGCUUCAAUUAUAGUCGUGAACUAAUAAGACAUCAAUGGACUCACACAGGGGAGAAACCAUUUAAAUGCAUGGAAUGUGGAAAGAGCUUUAUUGAUAGUAGAACACUUAGAAUCCAUCAUCAAACUCACACAGGGGAAAAACUAUUUGAAUGUAUGGAGUGUGGAAAGAGAUUCAGUGUAAGUGAAACACUUAGAAUCCAUCAAUGGACUCACACAGGGGAUAAACCAUUUAAAUGCAUGGAGUGUGGAAAGAGCUUCAGUUGGAGUGGAUCACUAGGAAAACACCAACGGACACACACGGGGGAGAAACCCUUUAAAUGCAUGGAGUGUGGAAAGUGCUUCAUUGAGGGUGGAAAACUUAGAAGACAUCAACGGAGUCACACAGGAGAGAAACCAUUUAAAUGCAUGGAAUGUGGAAAGUGCUUUAGUCGUGGUGGAGACCUGAAUUUUCAUCAUCAGACUCACACAGGAGAGAAACCAUUUAAAUGCAUGGAGUGUGGAAAGAGCUUCAGUCGCAGUGGACAGCUUAGAAUUCAUCAACGGACUCACACAGGGGAGAAACCAUUUAAAUGCAUGGACUGUGGAAAGAGCUUCACUACUAGUCGAAACCUUAGAAUUCAUCAAUGGACUCACACAGGGGAGAAACCAUUUAAAUGCAUGGACUGUGGAAGGAGCUUCACUACUAGUCGAAACCUUAUAAUUCAUCAAUGGACUCACACAGGAGAGAAACCAUUUAAAUGCAUGGAGUGUGGAAAGAGCUUCAGUCAGAAUGGAGACCUUAGAAACCAUCAACGGACUCACACAGGAGAGAAACCAUUUAAAUGUAUGGAGUGUGGAAAGAGCUUCACUUGGUGUAGAACACUUAGAAUUCAUAAACUGAGUCACACAGGAGAGAAAUCAUUUAAAUGCAUUGAGUGUGGAAAGAGCUUCAGUGAGAGUGGAAACCUUAGAAACCAUCAACGGACUCACACAGGAGAGAAACCAUUUAAAUGCAUGGAAUGUGGAACAUGCUUCAGUAUGAGUGGACACCUUAGAAAGCAUCAACGGACUCACACAGGAGAGAAACCAUUUGAAUGUAUGGAGUGUGGAAAGAGCUUCAGCCAGAGUGGAAACCUUAGAAAACAUCAACGGACUCACACGGGAGAGAAACCAUUAAAAUGCAUAGAGUGUGGAAAGAGCUUCAGUCAGAGUGGAGAGCUUAGAAUUCAUCAACGGACUCACACAGGGGAGAAACCAUUUAAAUGCAUGGAGUGUGGAAAGAGCUUCAGUGAGAGUGGAAACCUUAGAAACCAUCAACGGACUCACACAGGAGAGAAACCAUUUAAAUGCAUGGAGUGCGGAAAGAGAUUCAGUCAGAGUGGAACACUAAGAAGACAUCGACGGACUCACACAGGGGAGAAACCAUUUAAAUGCAUGGAGUGUGGAAAGAGCUUCAGUGAGAGUGGAAACCUUAGAAACCAUCAACGGACUCACACAGGAGAGAAACCAUUUAAAUGCAUGGAAUGUGGAACAUGCUUCAGUAGGAGUGACAAGCUGAAUUUACAUAAUCAAACUCACACAGGGGAAAAACCCUUUGAAUGUAUACUGUGUGGAAAGAGCUUCAGUCGGAGUGGAACACUUAGAAUUCAUCAACGGAGUCACACAGGGGAGAAACCAUUUAAAUGCAUGGAGUGUGGAAAGAGCUUCAGUGAGAGUGGAAACCUGAAACCUUAGAAACCAUCAACGGACUCACACAGGAGAGAAACCAUUUAAAUGCAUGGAAUGUGGAACAUGCUUCAGUAGGAGUGACAAGCUGAAUUUACAUAAUCAAACUCACAC